UCUGUGUUCUGCGCUACGUACUCGCCACUCAUCCCCGUAUUUCUCCGCUCUUCCAGUCACGCGCCGCACAUGGAUUUCUCCCGGAUUUCCCGGCUCUAACAUGGACGCCCGGUCGGAGGGUUUUUCCUUUGCGCAGUGAGACGGACAUGCGAAGAAGCGUCGCCCAUGGAGUGUCCUCUUCUGUCUCAGUGACCAUGCCGUGAUCACACGCGCACACCGCUGAAUCAAACACCUCCGAAAGCACGAAACAAGUGGGGAAUCUUUACGCUCCGUCCAGGGGAAUGACAUGCAGCGCAUCGCAGGCAUCACGAAGAUGGUAACUCAUCGGAGAUGGCUUGGGCUGUUGCUGCUCUUACUGUGUGUGGGAUAUUCUCACGGGAUGCCACAUGUUUUACGAUUCGGGGGCAUAUUUGAAUCUAUCGAAAGUGGUCCAUCAGGUGCUGAAGAACUUGCCUUUAAGUUUGCUUUAAAUACAAUCAACAGGAACAGAACUUUACUGCCAAACACCACACUCACAUACGACAUCCAGCGGAUAAACAUCCACGACAGCUUCGAGGCCUCCAGAAAAGCUUGUGACCAGCUCUCUCUGGGAGUGGCUGCCAUUUUCGGGCCCUCGCACAGCUCCUCUGCCAACGCGGUGCAGUCCAUCUGUAACGCUCUCGGGGUGCCACACAUACAGACCAAGUGGAAGCACCAAGUGUCAGACAACCGAGACUCCUUCUACGUCAACCUGUACCCCGACUUCUCCUCCCUCAGCAGGGCCAUUUUAGACCUGGUGCACUUCUUCAAGUGGAAAACGGUCACCGUGGUUUAUGACGACAGCACAGGUCUGAUUCGAUUACAGGAGCUCAUCAAGGCUCCGUCUCGUUACAACAUCCGAUUAAAAAUCCGGCAGCUACCAGCAGAAACAAAAGAUGCCAAGCCGCUUCUUAAAGAAAUGAAACGAGGGAAAGAGUUCCAUGUGAUCUUUGACUGCGGGCAUGAGAUGGCGGCGGGCAUCCUGAAACAGGCUCUCGCCAUGGGAAUGAUGACCGAGUAUUACCACUACAUUUUUACUACCCUGGAUCUCUUCGCAUUGGAUGUGGAGCCGUAUCGGUACAGCGGAGUCAACAUGACUGGAUUUCGUAUCCUCAACACAGAGAACAGUCAGGUGUCCUCCAUCAUUGAAAAGUGGUCCAUGGAGCGACUACAGGCACCUCCUAAACCUGAUUCUGGCCUCCUGGAUGGUUUCAUGACAACAGAUGCUGCCCUGAUGUAUGACGCGGUGCAUGUGGUGGCUGUUGCAGUCCAGCAGUCUCCUCAAAUCACCGUCAGUUCACUCCAAUGCAACCGGCACAAGCCCUGGCGAUUCGGCAACCGCUUCAUGACGCUCAUUAAAGAGGCCCAUUGGGACGGCUUGACCGGACGGAUAAAUUUCAACAGGACCAACGGCCUGAGGACAGAUUUCGAUCUGGAUGUGAUCAGCCUGAAGGAAGAGGGGCUAGAGAAGAUUGGUACGUGGGAUCCUGCAAGUGGUUUGAACAUGACUGAAAACCAGAAAGGAAAGGCGGCCAAUGUGACCGACUCUUUGUCCAACAGAUCAUUGGUGGUGUCCACUAUUCUGGAAGAGCCGUACGUGAUGUUCAAGAAGUCGGAUAAGCCGCUGUACGGGAACGAUCGUUUCGAGGGUUACUGCGUCGACCUGCUGCGGGAGCUCGCUGCCAUCCUGGGCUUCGGUUAUGAGCUGCGUCUGGUGGAGGACGGCCGGUACGGGGCGCAGGACGAGAGCUCGGGACAGUGGAACGGCAUGGUGCGAGAGCUCAUGGACCAUAAAGCUGAUCUUGCAGUGGCGCCACUGGCCAUCACAUACGUGCGGGAGAAGGUCAUCGACUUUUCCAAACCCUUCAUGACGCUGGGGAUAAGUAUACUGUACCGAAAACCCAACGGCACCAACCCGGGGGUCUUCUCCUUUCUCAACCCCCUGUCCCCCGACAUCUGGAUGUAUAUUCUGCUCGCUUACUUGGGUGUCAGUUGUGUGCUGUUUGUCAUAGCCAGGUUUAGUCCCUACGAAUGGUAUAACCCUCACCCGUGCAACCCCGACUCGGAUGUGGUGGAAAACAAUUUCACCCUGCUAAAUAGUUUCUGGUUCGGAGUUGGAGCUCUCAUGCAGCAAGGAUCUGAGCUCAUGCCCAAAGCCCUUUCCACCAGGAUAGUAGGAGGAAUCUGGUGGUUUUUCACCCUAAUCAUCAUCUCCUCCUACACGGCCAACUUAGCUGCCUUCCUAACGGUGGAGAGAAUGGAGUCUCCAAUCGACUCGGCUGAUGACCUGGCCAAGCAGACCAAGAUUGAGUAUGGAGUGGUGGAGGACGGAUCCACAAUGACCUUCUUUAAGAAAACGAAGAUCUCCACGUAUGAUAAAAUGUGGGAGUUCAUGAGCAGCAGAAGGCAUUCGGUCAUGGUGAAGAGCAUCGAGGAGGGAAUUGAGCGCGUGCUGACGUCCGAUUACGCCUUCCUCAUGGAGUCCACCACCAUCGAAUUCGUCACCCAGCGCAACUGCAACCUCACACAGAUUGGAGGACUCAUAGACUCCAAGGCCUAUGGAGUUGGCACCCCGAUGGGCUCUCCGUACCGGAUAAGAUCACCAUCGCGAUCCUUCAGCUCCAGGAAGAAGGGAAGCUGCACAUGAUGAAGGAGAAAUGGUGGCGAGGAAACGGUUGUCCUGAAGAGGAGAAUAAAGAGGCCAGUGCGCUCGGCGUCCAGAACAUCGGU